AUGGAGUAUUUCAAAUCCCCUAGAUUUGCUUCCCACGUGGAGAAGCUGAUGAAAGAGCACCGCGUGCCCGGGCUGGCGAUCGCCAUCAUGCAGGACGACCAAAUCGCCUCGGCGGGGUACGGCAAUGCAUGCAUCGAUCCAGUGAAGACUUGCACGGCCGACACGCUGUUCGAUAUCGCUUCAUUGUCCAAAUCGCUAACUGCGGCGGCGGUCGCGUUGCUUAUCGACGACGAUGACCGCUAUCCAGACGUGCAAUGGGACACUCCCGUCUCGAAGAUCCUGCCGGAGGACUUCGUCAUGGCCGACGCGCGGUACACGGAAGAUGUCACUGUGGAGGAUAUUCUGAGUCACCGAAGUGGCUUGCCGGGCCAUGAUCUCUCAUAUAUAAGUAUCCGAGGCGAACAGCCUGAUGACGCUCGCUCGGUGACGCGCAAUCUGCGAAAUUUGGCUGUGGCAGCCCCGAUCCGGUCGAAAUAUAUGUACUGCAACAUGAUGUACACGGUUGCGACCCACCUAGUGGAGGUUAAGACCCAACAGAGCUUCUCCCAGUUUCUCGAGGAGCGUAUCUUCCAGCCACUAGGGAUGACAUCAACCAGCCUGCAACCCUCCAGCGCUCGCGCCAAGGGACUAGGCGACCGCAUGGCUCCUGGAUACUUCUGGGACAAGGAAAACGGCCGUCAUCAUGAGUUUGAUAUCCCCGACUGUCCAGAAGCCCAGGGAGCAGGCUCGAUCACCACAAGUGUGAACGACUUGAUCCUUUGGGUGAAGGCGCUGAUGAACCAUGAGGGCCCUAUCAGCGAGAGACUUUACGACAGUCUGGUUCGGAUGCGAGCAAUUGCCGACACCUCGACGAAGGACUUGAAGCCUUACACCUCGCCUGUUCUCUAUGCGGCCGGGCUGGAUGUGUACUAUUAUCGGGGCCACAUGGUUGUCGGGCACGACGGAAUGAUUUCUGGUGCUGCCAGUCGUUUCUUCUUCCUGCCUGGUUUAAAAUUUGGCGUCGUGAUGCUCGGAAACUCGGCGGAAGUAGGCAAUUUCACGAUGACCUUGACACGAGCCCUGGUGGACGAGUUACUUCAAGUACCAGACGCAGAACGCAUACCCCAGAUGGAAAGCCAGGAAGGCCAUGAUCCCAGUGAACAGAACAAACCUGACCAGAAGGAUUCGGAGGAUACACAAACAGACUCCCAAGACAGCGGCAAGGAACAGACGAUGCCACUCGAGGCAUACACCGGUACAUAUCGUAAUCCAGGGUAUCACGCUCUGACGGUUGAGGUCAAGAACGAUCAGCUUUUCGUCGACGCAACAGACCGUUCAUUCGGGUUUAGACUCACCUUUGAGCACAUUGGAGGGCAAACGAAGUACACGGUGCAUUUGAGUGAUUAUUGGGAGGGGGGCGACGAUCCAAUGGACGCUGAGUUCAUUCUGGAUGGUGGUCGGCCGAUUAAACUGGGAAUCCACUUGGAAGAGGACCUGAAGGAGAAGAUCUGGUUUGAGAGGGCAGACGUCGAGAAAGCCUAG